AUGACAAUCAAACAGAGCAGGAUUCUGUUUUUGAAAGCUAUGUCUGAAAUUCAGACAGAAGUGUUAGAUGUAGGUGAAACCCGAUACAUCAAAGCCAGAAUACGACAAACAGACACAAAGCUAAAGAUAAGCUCUUUUGUAGAAGAUCCUGAUGUAGAAAUUCUGAGACAAAAACCUGAGAUAUCAUGGAUAAAGCAAGAAAAAUUCAAAGCGAGAAAGACAAGAACAGCCGACCCAGAAUGGCCUAACCUGUGGUAUUUGAAUGAUGAAGUUUCGCCAUCAAUGAAAGUCAUCGAGGCUUGGAAUCUUGGCUACUCCGGUAAAGGGGUUGUAAUAGCUGUUGUGGACGAUGGGUUACAGACGGACCAUCCUGAUAUUGCUGCAAACAUCGAUAUAACGAACAGUGUGCAAAUUAAGGAUGGCAAAAUCACAAACGAUCCAAAUCCUAAAUUUCCGACCGACAGGCAUGGUACACGGGUCACUGGAUUGAUUGCAGCUGUAAAGGAUAACAAUAUUUGUAUACCUGGAGUAGCUUAUAGUUCUACUAUUAUAGGUGUUCAGUUACUUAGUUUAAAUGUUACAGAUGAUUCGGAGGACACAUUUGAUUCAGACGGUUUUCGUACAUCCAAUGCAGAUGAGGAAGGCAGUAUAGAAAACAUAGUUGAUUCAGAUGAGGCGUCUGCCCUCCAACACAAUAAAUCAAUUGUUGAAAUAUACUCUAAUAGCUGGGGACCAAUCGAUGGGAAAGGAUUUGAAGGUCCGGAAGCAAUUACAGUGGACGUGCUCCGCAAUGGAGUAACUAAUGGAAGGAAUGGAAAAGAUGCCAUUUACGUAAUUUCAGCAGGUAACGGAGGAAUUGAUGAUAAUUGCAAUGCUGACGGUUAUGCAAAUAGUAUAUAUACAAUAGCUAUAACCAGUGUACAAACUGGUACAAAUGCCAAUUACGCUGAAGUGUGUGCAGCUGCAUUAGCAGCAACAUAUGGUGGCAGUCAUGAGGAUAUAUAUUUGACGACAACAGACACUGAUUUGGGUUGUAAAAGCGAUGAUAUUGUGGGAACUUCUUUUUCAGUACCAAUAGCAUCUGGUAUUAUUGCUAUGACUCUUGAGGCAAAUUCUGACUUGACAUGGAGAGACAUUCAACAUCUCAUAGUGUUGACUUCAAAUAGGAAUUCAUUUACUGAUACCUUUUCUGGGUGGUCAACAAAUGGGGCUGAUCAAGAAUUUAGCCAGAUACUAGGUUUUGGACUUAUGGACGCGGAGGCUAUGGUGUCAUUGGGUUCAAAGUGGACUUCGGUGUCACGGCAACUUAUUUGUAAUUCAAUAACAAAAUUUCCAAAUAUGUAA